GGAAGUUGGCUAACGUCUGUAAGCCUAGCUAGUUCGCAUGUUCGAGCUGUUGGCGUACGUAUUCUAGCGAGCUGACAAAAUCUGAUUUUACGUUUAAUCUCUGGCAAUAUCUGCGAUAUUAAGUAUAUUACCAUUUGCUACCUUACCAUUAUUCCCUAAAUGUGAUUGCCGAUGUAACGUUAGCCUUGUUAAAGCAAGCUAUUUUGUUGCAAACGUUAGCUAGAUUCGUCUGAUACGUUUUCUUACCAAUCCCAUUCCCUCCUCCAAAAUGAAUGCGGCUAGCUAAUGUUACUGCAGCAGACCUUUCGUUCAGCAAUACUGACAGCUCCCUCUAUAAGUCGCCAGAUAAUGUUACAAAACAAGAUUUUCCCCCGGGCAGUAUGGAAUGGGAUCGUUCGUCAUUCAAUAGCACUUCGCUUUUGAUUCACCACUACUUCUGCUUGGCUAAUAUGUGUAGAAAAUAUAUUGCUAACGGUAACUAGCCAACUAGCAAUGGGGUGGGGAUGAGUGUUUACGUUGGCGCGCAAUCAAGUUUUCGAUCGUUUAAAAAAUAGACUGAUAUUAACUUUAAUCAUUCAACAACUAGAAUGUGAGCACCAUCUGUGUACUUUUUGACACCUCAAAUAGCUAUGUAAUGUUACAUUAUAAUGUUCAGUCCGCCAACGUUAAUGUGUUAGUUUAUUUCAGUUUUGCAGCUCUCUAACGUUAGCUAGCUAGCUAAUGCAACAAAGCAGCUCACUUCGAAGCUAGCUAAAGCUUGGUCACUCGCUAAAGCUUGGUAACUCGCUAGCUGGUUAGCUUGUCCCCUUGUAGCAUACUUAACCCACAAUUGUUACCUGUUAAAAAUAACCUUGAAUACUGUUCAAGUUCGAGCUAAUGUUACAUAACCCAUUGGCUACAAGUAUGGAUUUAGUUCAGGUUUGUCUAAUACAUGCCAGUAUCCGAUUGGUAGUAAAUGCAGAUUUGGCAGACAUUUGAUUAUCGAAGCUGAUAAACGGUAGAAGCAAGUUAUCUUUCAGAAGUGUAGAUAAUUGUCGCUGCUGUGCUCUGCUCCAAUUUAUUUUCCUUUAAAGGUUUAUCUGGUCCAGCAUAACGGAGUGUGUCGGACGGAUGGAAGGCGAGCCCACUGGCGCUGUGCUGGAGGAGGCCGGAGACGCCUACAAAGCCAAGGACUGCAGGACGUACCAGCGGCGGCGUGAGGGCGGGGCCGAGGAGGAUGGGGCGGAGCUGCUGCAGGCCGUGGGCCUGGAGGGGGCGGGGCCCCAGCAGCAAGCCGCGGCCGGGGUGGUGGAGAUGAUGGUUAUGGACACCCUGGACCCCACGCUCCUGCAGAUGAAGACGGAGACGCUGGAGCACCAGCGCCACCCUGAGGUCGGGGUGGCGGUGCCGGGCACGGCGCACGAGGCCACGGUCACCACGGCGGACGACACGCAGAUCAUCACGCUGCAGGUGGUGAACAUGGAGGAGCAGCAGCUGGGCCUGGGCGAGCUGCAGCUGGUGCAGGUGCCCGUCUCGGCCGCCGCCGUCGCUGUGGACGAGCUGCAGGGCUCCUUCGCCGACGCCACUGCCGCCAUGCCCAAGGACGGCGAGCCCGUCAUCUGCCACACGCUGCCACUGCCUGAGGGCUUCCAGGUGGUGAAGGUGGGGGCGAACGGGGAGGUGGAGACGGUGGAGCAGGAUGAGCUGCAGGUGGAGGAGCAGCUGGCCCAGUCCCAGAACGAGGACCCCUCCUGGGCCAAAGACCCCGACUACCAGCCCCCCAUGAAGAAGACCAAGAAGGCCAAGAAGAGCAAGCUGCGCUACGACACGGAGGAGGGCAAAGACAUGGACGUGUCCGUCUACGACUUCGAGGAGGAGCAGCAGGAGGGGCUGCUGAGCGAGGUCAACGCCGAGAAGGUGGUGGGCAACAUGAAGCCCCCCAAACCCACCAAGAUCAAGAAGAAGGGUGUGAAGAAGACCUUCCAGUGCGAGCUGUGCAGCUACACCUGCCCGCGCCGCUCCAACCUGGACCGCCACAUGAAGAGCCACACCGACGAGAGGCCACACAAGUGCCACCUGUGUGGCCGCGCCUUCAGGACCGUCACGCUCCUGAGGAACCACCUGAACACGCACACAGGAACGCGGCCGCACAAGUGUGGAGACUGUGACAUGGCCUUCGUCACCAGCGGAGAGCUGGUCCGGCAUCGCCGCUACAAGCACACCCACGAGAAGCCCUUCAAGUGCUCCAUGUGUGACUAUUGCAGCGUGGAGGUCAGUAAGUUGAAACGGCACAUUCGCUCUCACACUGGGGAGCGGCCCUUCCAGUGCAGCCUGUGCAGCUACGCCAGCAGGGACACCUACAAGCUGAAGAGACACAUGAGGACUCACUCAGGGGAAAAGCCGUACGAGUGCUACAUCUGCCACGCCCGCUUCACCCAGAGCGGCACCAUGAAGAUGCACAUCCUGCAGAAGCACACAGAGAACGUGGCCAAGUUCCACUGCCCCCACUGUGACACGGUCAUCGCCCGCAAGAGCGACCUGGGAGUGCACCUGCGGAAGCAGCACUCGUACAUCGAGCAGGGCAGGAAGUGCCGCUACUGCGAGGCCGUGUUCCACGAGCGCUACGCUCUCAUCCAGCACCAGAAGUCCCACAAGAACGAGAAGCGCUUCAAGUGCGAUCACUGUGACUACGCCUGCCGCCAGGAAAGGCACAUGGUGAUGCACAAGCGCACGCACACGGGCGAGAAGCCGUACAACUGCAGCCACUGCGAGAAGACCUUCCGCCAGAAGCAGCUGCUCGACAUGCACUUCCGCCGCUACCACGACCCCAACUUCGUCCCCACCUCCUUCGUGUGCACCAAGUGCGGCAAGACCUUCACCCGCAGGAACACCAUGGCCCGGCACACAGAGUCCUGCAGCGGCGAGACGGAUGAGGAGAACGGCGCACCGCCCAAGAGGGGCAGACCGGGGAGGAAGAGGAAGAUGCGCUCCAGGAAGGACGAAGACGACGACAGCGAUGAUGACCACGCAGAGCCCGACCUGGAGGACAUUGAAGAGGAGGAUGAUGACCUGUUGUCCGAAAUGGAGGUGGAGCAGGCGCCUGCCACCACCCCCGUGCCCGCCCCCAUGCCCCCGCCCGUGAAGAGGAAACGCGGCCGGCCUCCUGGCAAAGCCAACCAGCCCAAACCCGCACCUCCUGCUGCCAUCAUCCGGGUGGAGGACGAGUGCACGGGCGCGGUGGAGGACAUCAUCGUGAAGAAGGAGGCGGAGCCUGCGGCGGAGCCCGACGCCGAGCAGGGCGGGGCCGACGGCGGGGAGGCGGAGACUGUGCAGCUGCCCGUCACGGAGGCCGCGCCCAAUGGCGACCUGACGCCGGAGAUGAUCCUGAGCAUGAUGGACCGGUGAUGGCCGCCGCCCGCCUCCUGCCGUCCCAGAACCCCCUCCCCUCUCCCGCCCCCGGCCCCCUCUACGAAACCGCCCGACCGGUUUGUUUCUCUUAACCAGUUUCCUCUCUCUGGCCUUCUGGCUUCUCUCCCCUCACUAGCACAUCUGACCGCAGAGGAUUGUGGGAAGACUGCGGGAGCAGAGAAGCCGUUUCUUAAUGAUGAUGUGACGGGAUCUAUACCGCGUGUCCCAGUGCAGGGUGUGGGACGCGAGGUCCGCUUUGCUCUCCCGACUAACAGCUUACGUUCUCUCAACGCUUCUGUUACCGCGCCAGGGAAGCGCAGAUAGGCCGUUGUUCGCCCUGUGUAGAGCCCUCUCGCCCGUCUGAAGGAUUUAGGAUCUUUCUGGGCUCGUGUUCCCACCUUUCGAAUGAGUCGCUCUUGGCCUGUGGCUGCAGACCGGCCUCUCCUACCUCAGAUGAGGUUUCCUGGCUGGUUACUCGUCUUCAGCCAAGGGGGGGGUAGAAUUAUGAGACCUGUUGUUGAAGCCUGCAAUUAUGUUGUACAAAAGCAAUCUCGCUAGUUUUGCUUGUAAAUAUAUAUAUUUUUUCUUUUAGGUACAUUUUAAUCUAUCCUAGUUAUCAAAUACCUUGUAAAUGCUGAAGAAAAUAGGCAUUUUAAGAAGUAGCUUUUGGAUUUCAACCAACAAAGUCUUUUGCUUUUGGUGUGUAAAUGUGCAGAAAUACAACAAAGAAAAUCAUGUAGCAAAACAUGGCCCUUGAACAUGCCCCUUCACUGUGCUCCCUGUUCCUCUGCUCACUGCUGCCUCCCCUCUCUGGGGCUCACACACACUCAGACACACACACACACACACACACACACACACACACACACUCACGCAGACACACACACAAAUACACACACACACACUCAUGCACACACACACACACACACAGUCAUGCAGACACACACACAUGCAUGCACACACACACUCACACAGACAUGCACACACACACACACACACACACACACACACACACACACUCACGCAGACACACACACAAACACACAAACACACACACACACACUCAUGCACAGUCACACGCACACACACACACACACACACAGACAUGCAGACACACACACAUGCACACACACACACUCACACAGACAUGCACACACACACGCACACACACAUGCGCACACACUCACACAGACAUGCGCACGCACACAGACACGCACGCACGCGCGCGCAUACAGACAUGCGCACACACGCACACACACAUGUACACGCAUACACAGACACCCUCUCAAAUGUACACACACACGCACACCCUCUCAAACACAUGCGUGCAUAAAUUUGUUGGCGUGAGCCUUUCUGUUUUGGCUUUUCAGCACAGUGGACUUGUCCUGGUAGGAGAGAACCAGCUCUCCCUUCAUGAGCCGUUUACGAAUCCAAGCCAUUGUGCUGCAUCAGCUCGACAACGUCACAGCUUGGGACACGACAUGUUUUUUAGGUUUUAGUUUUUUGUUUUUUUUAAACAAAGCCGUUUUCUUCCGAUUCAUAGUAUGUUAGCGAGAUUACAUUCGACCCGGGUGAGGUUUUGCACGUGCAGGAAGCCGGGCGUGUGAAACGUCAGCGGGGAGAGGUGGUGGGUUAUGGGAGGAACGCUGUCUCACUUCCUAAAAGCCGUCUGCUUUUGCAAAGGGUUUUUACUGAUUCCCUACUACAUAUGUAAUUGUAUUCUGAUUUGUUUUGUUUUGUUUUUUUAACUCGAGGUAAUGCAUUUUUUUGUACUUGGCUUAUAUCAUGUGAGUUUCUCAGUGUUUGAAAGCCAACAUUAUAAAAUACGUUUAUCAGGGUGGGGCAUGGAGGGUGUAGAAUGUAUUGCUGUACAGCUAUUAAAACAAAAUGGCUGAACUUGAA